UUUUCAGUGAAUAAAAUGCUGCAAUCUACUGCUCGCACUGCUUCAAAGCUUGUUCAACCGGUUGCGGGAGUUCUCGCCGUCCGCUCCAAGCACACUCUCCCAGAUCUCCCAUUCGACUAUGCAGAUUUGGAACCUGUAAUCAGCCAUGAAAUCAUGCAGCUUCAUCAUCAAAAGCAUCAUGCCACCUACGUGAACAAUCUCAAUCAGAUCGAGGAGAAACUUCACGAGGCUGUUUCGAAAGGGAAUCUAAAAGAAGCAAUUGCUCUCCAACCAGCGCUGAAAUUCAAUGGUGGUGGACACAUCAAUCAUUCUAUCUUCUGGACCAACUUGGCUAAGGAUGGUGGAGAACCUUCAAAGGAGCUGAUGGACACUAUUAAGCGCGACUUCGGUUCCCUGGAUAACUUGCAAAAACGUCUUUCUGACAUCACUAUUGCGGUUCAAGGCUCUGGCUGGGGAUGGUUGGGAUAUUGCAAGAAAGACAAAAUCUUGAAGAUCGCCACCUGUGCAAACCAGGAUCCUUUGGAAGGAAUGGUCCCACUUUUUGGAAUUGACGUUUGGGAGCACGCCUACUACUUGCAGUACAAAAAUGUCCGCCCAGACUAUGUCCAUGCUAUUUGGAAGAUUGCCAACUGGAAGAAUAUCAGCGAGAGAUUUGCCAAUGCUCGACAAUAAAAGCAGGAAAUAUUGGAAUUUUCGGUUUUACGAAAAUAUUGAAGAUAAUUCAGAUGUAGUUUAAAACGCUGAGAAUUUGUAUUUUUGUAAUUGUUUAAAUAAAAGAACGCACAGUUUUUUCUUAUGAAACAUGUUUAGCUCAUUUUUUUUGUUUUUAAUCGGGAACUUCACUCGGUACACUGAAAACUAUGAGAAAUUGAUUUAUAACA